CGGGCGCCCAGUCGGCCGCGCCCGCCGCCCGCACCAUGCCGCGCUCCUUUCUGGUGAAGACGCAGCCCGGACACCGGGCCCCCGACUACGGGCGGCUGGAGACGCGCAGAGGAGACAGUGGCACCUGCUCUGACCAGAAGGAGGUCCCUUCCACACCCGGCCUCCUGGCCCGGCCCUGGGACUGCACCUCAGCCGUCACUUGUGUCUCUCUGCCCCUCCUGCCACACCGCGAGGAAGCUCUGGGGUUCUCUGGGCCAGACACCCCAGAGACUGGCCUGGGGGGCCCCUGGGCCGACCGGGCCCCCAGCUCCCCGCUCAGAGACAGCCUGAACCACCUCAACCUUCCCCCGCUGCUGCUGCUGCCCACGCACUGGCCCCCGAUCCUGCACCCCCACUCGUACGGGGCCCCAGACAAACUGCUUGGGGCCACGAGGGCUCCUCCAGCUCCCGGCAGCUUCGAGUGCAUGCAGUGUCGCAAGGCCUACCACACGCCGGCGGGGCUGGCCAGGCACCAGCAGCUGCAGUGCCACCUGCAGGCUGGGCGCGUCUUCACCUGCAAGCACUGUGACAAGGAGUACGGCAGCCUGGGUGCCCUCAAGAUGCACAUCCGCACCCACACGCUGCCCUGCGUGUGCGGCGUGUGCGGCAAGGCCUUCUCCAGGCCCUGGCUGCUGCAGGGCCACAUCCGGACCCAUACAGGUGAGAAGCCCUACGCCUGUCCCCACUGCAGCAGGGCCUUUGCUGACCGCUCCAACCUCCGGGCGCACCAGCAGACACACUCAGGCACCAAGAAGUACCCGUGCAAGGGCUGCGGCAAGACCUUCUCCCGAAUGUCGCUCCUGGCACGGCACGAGGAGGCCGGCUGCUGCCUGGCCCCUGAGGGUGCCCCCUGCCCCAUGAGCUGAGGGCCAGCCGGCCUCAAGCAGCCUGUCACCGGGGUCCCGCGGGACAGAGGCCAGCCCUCCACCACCUGCAUCCAGUCAGACCUUCUGGGGACCCCACUUGGGGAUGCAGUCGCCCAAACAAGCACCACUGUUUCACCUCUGACCUGGCCCGGUUUCUGGUCCUGUCCCUCUGAGCGGGACACUUUGGGGAGACUCAGCGGCUCUGGAUGGUUCCCGCUGCCGAAGUUCCCUGGAAACUUGAAGGAGCAGUUGUGACGGGGGCGAGUGGGUGGCACCGUGACCUGGGAGGGCACAGCUGUCUCCUGCCCGGCGUGUGUGCCCGGCGGGGAGGCCAGGAGCGGGUGUCAGGAGGGCGCGUGGCGGGCAGAAGUAGCACCUACCAGGCCCUGUGUGCCUGGCUCUGGGGUCCCCUGCCAUGGGCCCUGGUCCCCUGGGUCCCACCUCCUGUCAUGAAGCCAGGAGCCUUACCGGGCAGGAUUUAGCAAGGACAGCAGCAGGAGUGAAGGGAACAUGGUGCCUGUGAAGGCUCAGGACCCCAGGAGGACAGGGGCUGCGGACCGCAGAAUGGCUGAGUGGCGUCCCUGAGACAGAGGAGCGUCCCCAGCCCUGACGGGCUCAACUUGACCCGGAGGGGAGAACCAGACACGAGCAAGGAACUUUGAUGCCCUCACAAAGAGAGCAGUGGUGUGGGUGUGGGGUUCGGGGGACACCUGUCCUGCUAUCACCAGCUCUACCUCUAGCCCCACUGAGAAAUGUGUCCUGGGCGCCUCUGGCAGCUCCCCUCCCAGCCCAAGGUGUCCUGGGCUGUGGGCCUUCUGUGUGAGAGAACAUUCCAGAAUAUUCUGGAAGCUCUGCCACAACCAUACACAUGCAAGGUGUCUUCCCCUCAUGGCGCAACCAUCAGCUGCUCCAGGCUGAACCUGGCAUGAGCCCCUGCCCGCUGCCGACCCCCAGGUUCAGCCCCUUAGAUGCUGAUUAGGCCCAGAGGGCCACUGAGCCUUGAGGGUCUGGGGGGCUUCCUGGGGGAAUCAGGCCUUGAGCCACAGGCCGCCCUGGACAGGUGACCCUGGAGCUAUGCUGCAGCCCAGCCUGACCAUGUGUGGAGAACGCUGGGCUUGCUGCCUCCUGGGCCUGCAUGGGGCCAUGCACCCAUGGCAGGGCCAUGGGACGGAGUUCUGAGGCUCAGGUCCCCAAGCUGGCUGUCUGAGAGGAGGGGCGCUGGCCAUCCCUGGUCUCCUUCUCUGUGCCUCUCUUCUUUGAGGUCAUCAGACUUUGAACUGGGGACCCAUUCUGCUGGGCACAACUUCAUCAUAACUGCUGUCCCCAAGGUCAGCUCCAAGGUUCUGGGUCAGGGUUUCAACCAGGAUUUGGGGGACCAUACCCAUGCUGGUCAGCUGGUGGGCACCCUGGGUCCUCACACUGAUCCCCGUUCCCUCCCUCCACCUGUAAAGGGUCUUGCUGGAGGCCCCUUGCCCACAGCUGGACUGGGUCCCUUUCUCUGGCAGCCCCUCCACCCCUCACCAGGGCAAAGGCCAGGGGGCCGCAACACCUAGGCCAGGCGGGGACAGCGGUCAGUUGCGUCUCCAAGGGCCUGGCCUCCCAGCAGGUGGUCGCCCAAGGAGGGUUCCGGGGGGUCAGAUGAGACCCAGUGCCACCCGAGCAGCCAAGCAGGUUCCUUUGGGAUGGCACCCAAGGCCUAAAGGAAGCUGUGUUGUGGGUCACGUCUAUUUCUGGGGCCCUGCAUCUAAAUGGGGCAGCUGCACCUGUCCGUGUGAGGAAGGGAAUUUCGCAAGCCCAAAAUAAAGCUGAAUGUUUUCCUGCAGGACCAG